CCCCGCAGCAUGUCGUAAAAUCGAAUUGUAUCUGUUUUUGUUAGAGAAGUAAACGGGUUUUGGCCAUUGAUAUUCACACUGCGGUGGGGUUUUGCCUUUUAAAUAUGAUACUAGUUAGUUGCUCUAACUGCGUCUCCAGUCGAGCCGGUGCAGUUAAACAACAUGGCUGACACUGUGUAGGCUUUGAGGAGCCAGAAGAUGAGUUAAUCCUCAUCAAAACAAGCUGGAAAAUGGCAACUUACGACGCCGAAGGACCUUCUAUUGUGGUGGAGGUGAGUCCAGACAUCCAUAUCUGUGGCUUCUGCAAGCAGCAGUAUAAUAAUUUUGAAGUCUUUCUUGCCCAUAAGCAAAAUGGAUGCUCCUUACCAACAUCUGACACGCCAGCCAUCACUGCAACAACCACUCUCACAGAUUCCAGCACUGAGUUUGUUUUCGAGGAAACCUACCAGACUUGUGUUAUGAGAGGUGUUAAAAAGAUCCUGACCAAAGCACAGAAAACACCUUCCAAAAAAUUAAGACCGUCCCUGACUUCAAAGAGACACAUCUGCUGUGUCUCAGGUUGCACUUUUAAGACGCAGUAUGGCCAAAAAGACAUGGAGCGCCAUCUCAAAACCCACACCGGUGAGAAGCCAUUUGAAUGUGAGCUGUGCCACAAGUGCUUCAGUCGGCGGGACAAGCUCAACAUGCACAGCCGCUCGCACACAGGCGAGAAGCCGCACAAGUGUAAACAUUGUCCCUACGCAGCAGCAGACAGCAGCAGCUUGAAGAAGCACCUUCGCAUCCACUACGAUGAACGGCCUUUUAAGUGCCAGAUCUGUCCGUACGCCAGCCGCAACUCCAGCCAACUCACCGUCCACCUCCGCUCACACACUGGUAGGUGGGCAAACUGCAACUGCAGGAUGAUGUUGUAUUUUCAUUUAUCAUUUAGUGUUUUGUUUUUUUUGUCUUUUAUUUCAUUCCAAGGGGAUGCACCUUUCCAGUGCCAACAGUGUGACGCGAAGUUCAAAAUCAACUCCGACCUGAAGAGGCACAUCCGGAUUCACUCCGGCGAAAAACCAUACAAGUGUAACUUCUGUGAGUACCGCUGCGCCAUGAAAGGCAACCUGAAGUCUCACAUUCAGAUCAAGCACAGCUCCGAGAACUCUUUCCCUUGCGCCCACUGUGACUUCCAGUGUGCCAGCAAAACUGCUCUGCGGCAGCACACGCGAGAACACCAACCCAUUCAGCCCAUCCAGUGUUCCAAGUGCACUUACUCCUGCGUCAGCAAGGGGGCGCUCAAAGUCCACGAGAGGAUCCACUCAGAGGAUCGGCCCUUUAAAUGUGACUUCUGCAACUUUGCCUCCAAGCAGCGCAGCAACCUCGUCAUCCACCAAAAGAAGUGCCACUCGGAUAAGCCUGAGAAAGGCAGCGGUUGGAAGGGAGGCAGGGGUGGGGGAAGAAGUGGAGGAGGGGACUCCCCGAAGCCUGUCGGCUCCAGGUAUCGGGCCAAAUUAGAAGCGGCUCGAGCGUUCUGCUGUGACUCCUGCGACGCUUCCUUUGUGAGGGAGGACUCCCUGCGGAGCCACAAGAAGCAGCAUCGGGACACUCAGGGUGUGCUGCAGCUCCAGCUCUCUGACCCGGCAGAGGUCACCUUGGUUCCUGUCACAACGUCGCAGACCGGCACCCAGCUUGAGGUUCCUAUCCGGUCCGACUCAAUGGCUCCUUACAACAGUGCGCAGCUCAAAAUCAUCGUGUCUCACCCUCUGGGCCAGGAGAACCACUUAAAUCCAGCUGGUUUGGAUGGUCAGCAUAAGACCAGCAUGGUUCUGCUCAGCCCAGAAAGCCAGGAAAUGGUUGUCAACUCCAUGAUCCAGCAUGUGAACCUGCUCACACCAAUGCAGCCCCUCGGGUCAUCCCAGACCACAGAAGCCACCCUAGAACCUCAGACGGUCCUGUUGACGCAGCUCGGCCCCGGCGACACCAACAACCCGCUCCACCAGGCCCUGCUGCAGACCGCCAUAACCAAUCAGGGCUCCAGCAGCAGCACACAGACUUUCAUCACAACCUGCUCGGAGCUGGAGGGCCUCAACGCCUUGAUCCAGGAGGGAGGCACGGAGGUUACGGUUGUGACGGAAGGGAACGCGGCCAUGGUGGCUACAGCAACUCCACCCAACAUGGCGUGUGGUCCAUCGGAGGACACGUCUAAGUCAGCAGGGACGGCUGAGGUCGGGAGGAGUGCCUUACCCUGUGAGGAAAGAGCGUUGCUGGUUCCAAACAUCAGCCUCUGUAGCCAGAAUGUUGUCAUCCACGGUGUUCCACUGAUAGUGUCCACUCAGCCACAGCAGACUAUAGAGACGCUCUCUACUCACACUCUAUACUCAGAUACAAACACACUGGAAGACAUCCCACAAUGAGUGGAAUGCUCUGUGUGUGUUUUUUUUUUCUGAAAUUGAAAGACUGCAAAAACUGCAUCAUAAGCUAUUUCUUUGCCAGUAUGAGCUCUUAGGCCUAAAUGUUACAUAUUAACAAUAACUGCUUUUUGUUUCUAGCAAUUUAAUCAUUGACCACUGAAUUAACAAUGCUGUUGACUUCGGAGAAAUAAUUGUUUAGAAUAAUGAAUUGUUGUCGUAGGGCUAUAGUACAGAACAAACUUUUAAAUGGGAAAGUUAAUCAUGUGGACAUCAUGUUGCAUACUCUAUAUGCAGGGAUUAUUUUUGAAGGCAUCAAAAUUAAAAUAUAAAUGUAAAUGUAAUGAAUUAUUUUAUUAAAAGGAGGUUUAUUAUCAUGCAACAGCUUUAGUAAAAGUGAAUAAAGAAGAAUAAAGCCUGACAAAGGACACAACAUGAAAUUGACAUCUUUGUGCCAUGGAUUUCUCCAAAUUGACCAUUAGGUGGCAGCAGAGUGAUACGAGUCGGGGGUGAAGUUCACUCUGCAAUUGUGGAGUAUUACAUUGUUGCAGUAUUGAUUAUACAUAUUUUGUAGGUAUGGCAUUUUUUUUUCUCUCUCUCUUUUAAAAGUGAAGCAUUUUUAAGUCCUCAUUUUGAAUCCAGGAUGUAGAUGUUAUCUGUAAGAAAACAUUGGACUGCAUAUGAAGGUCUUAGUUUUUAAAAGCCUAGUCGCUCUCCCAAUAGAUUUUUCAAUAAAGUGCCUGUCUUGCUUGUGGCUAUCUAUUAUUGUGGCCAUUUUUACACUCAGACGUCAGCACUUAGUCUUUGCAGAGAUUGAAGGCUGCACCUGAAUAGGAGUCUCCUAUGAACAGAUGACCAUUGAUUUCCUCCUCGUCCCUCGCCACUAAUGGCUCUGCUGAUGCAGACUCCGGCUCAGCGUGGACACAAACUCAGAGGAAGUUUGUUUGAUGGAGGACUCUUUGCAAGCCCCGAAGGUUCGCCUCACAGUUGGUUCGUGUUGCAAAAGGAGAAAACGAAAUGGUUUACAAGCAAAGGAAUAUAAAGACCACACCCCUUUUGUUGCUUUACUUUUAAAUUGGUCUGAUGUUUUUAUAUUUUAAUUAUUGAUGCCUUUUAUUCUGUUCUGUUUAUUGUCUGUGUGUGGCAGUGCAUUUUCAAUUCAUACAUUUUCUGGAAUGGAAGCUAUAAGUGGUAGAAUUCAACAAAGUACCUUAAGUGAUGUACUUAAAACAUUUAAGUGCUACUUUUCACGAGUACUACCCUUUUAUGAUACUUCUACUUCACUACAUUGGUGAGGUAUUGUACGUUUUACUACAUUUCUCUGACAGCUAUUAGUUUGCUAGAUUACUAGAAAGCAAAUAAGAUCAUUUUUCUAAAUGUCAAACUAUACUUUUUAGGGUUUAACCUACAAAACAUUUAAUCAGUUUAGGAAAUAUGAUGUACUGCUACAGAUUAAACCAUUCAAAUACUUUAAAAAUAUUUAAAAUGAGC